UCGUGUCGCAUGAAAGAGAACCUUGAAAUUGUAAAUUAUCGUAAAGAGACAUGACAUCGAAAACAUUCGGCGGAAAGCAAAGAAAUGAGACAAAACGUAUUGUAACGUUAAUAAGUGUUAACCCGUGAAAACUUCUGAUAAAUAAAUUAAAAGUUGCAUUUCUUUGUAAUAAAUUUACAAAUGUUCGCACAGUUUGUUCGAUAUUUUGAUCGUACAUUCAUUCUUUGUAUCAGCUGAUGAAUUUACUAUAACGUGUGAGGAAAGUUUUAAAAAAUUCAUAUUUACACAUUUCAUCGACAGAAAUAUUGUCAUGGCAGACCUCCUAGAGGAAUUAAAUGGUGAUCAGACUGAAAAGGUUAUUCAAUUUCAGGAUUUGACAGGAAUAGAAGAUUUAUCUAUUUGUAGAGAUGUUCUGCAAAGGCAUAAUUGGAAUUUGGAAGUGGCUGUUCAGGAACAAUUAAAUUUAUACGAAGGACGUCCUUCAAUGUAUGCACAAGAUUCACGAUCAAGACCACCACAAGUCGUUGACGAUAGUAGUUCUAGAAUAUAUUUUAACCACGCAGCUGGUUCGAGUGGUGGAGGAGGUGGUCUUCUACCUUAUAUCUUUUCUAUGUGUUAUAAUAUAGUAAGCAGUAUCUUGCAGCUAGUUCUAGCAAUAUUUAGAUCAGACGUCAGGCCCAUUUCGUCUGAUCCAGUGGAAGAUGUAAUGACAUUCAUUAGAUCUUAUGAGGAACGUUAUGGCAUUACCCAUCCUGUAUUUUAUCAGGGUUCUUACAGUCAAGCUCUAUCUGAUGCCAAACAAGAAUUAAGAUUUUUGUUAGUUUAUUUACAAAAAGAUGAGGCCCAAGAUACUGAUCAAUGGUGCAGAAAUACAUUAAACGAUCCUGAAGUUAUACGAUAUAUAAAUACUCAUACAUUAUUUUGGGCUUGUAAUGUACAAUCUGGAGAAGGCUAUAAAGUUGCAGAAUCUCUUAAAUCUGGUUCUUAUCCUUUUCUGGCUAUUAUCGUUUUGAAAGACAACCGAAUGACGAUAGUUGGACGAAUGGAAGGUACACCGUCUGCUGCUGAUCUAAUAUUACGUUUACAAACAAUUAUUCAACAGAAUGAAAUUAAUUUAAUUCAAGCACGUCAAGAUAGAGCAGAACGUAGCGCUGCACAGUCAUUACGUCAACAACAAGAUCGUGCAUAUGAAGAAUCAUUACGUGCAGAUCAAGAAAAAGAUCGUAUAAGAGAGGAAGAACGUAGGGCUAGAGAAGAACAAGAAGCACGUGAAAAGGAACAAUUGAAUGCACAGGAACAAGAAAUAGAAAGAAUUCGUCUUGAAAAAGAACUUACUGUGGAAAAAAUACCUGUAGAACCGGAACCUGCUAAUCCUAAUGCUUGUCACCUACAAAUUAAAUUGGGUGAAAGGACAAUGAAAAGGCGAUUUCUUAUGUCUGACACAAUUGAAGACGUAUAUCAUUGGAUAUUUAGUCAACCGGAUUCCCCUGCAAGUUUUGAAAUAACAACGAGUUAUCCUAAAAGAAUUCUAUAUCCAUGCAAAGAUAUCUCAACUUUAUCAUCGGCUGGCUUAACCCAUAGAGAAGUUUUGCAUGUUAAUGAUUUAACUGACUAACCUUGAUUAAUAAUUCAUAAUUCAUUCUUAAUAUUUUAAGUAUCAUUCCGAUAAAAAGAUGAUACUAUCACAAGAGAAACUUAUCAAAAGAUUAUAUAUAUAUAUAUAUAUGUAUAUGUAUAUGUAUAUGUAUAUGUAUAUAUAUAUAUUUGAUACAUUCUAGUAUUUUAUGCAAAGUUCAGUCUACUGAAAUGAGAAAAUAAUUAUACAACAAUGUCAUUAUAUGAACAGUAUGAUAAAAAGAUAAGAAUUUAAAAAUGUGUUCGUUGUGUUAUAAUUUUGGAGAGAAUUAUUGGUGUUUACAUAUGGCGGCCAUAAUUUAUGUAUUCUUUGAAAUAUUUAAUUAGAAAAAGAUUUAAUUUUGUUGAAAAAUCUAGAAAAUAAUAACGUUUUUGUUUAAAGUACAGAUAAAUGUGCAUUAUAGUUUGCUUGAGAUAAUUUAUAUACAUAUAUAUAUAUAACAUAUAUAUAUAUAUAUAUUAAUAAAGUAAAGUAUUUUAUUUUAAAUCCUUAUGCGUUACUAUCAUAUAAUCUAAAAGAUUGAUAUAAAGGAAAAGAUUUAUGUACAAUUAAAA